UCUGUAGCAUUCAUGCUCGACAAUAGGAAAAGAACAAAGAUCAAAAACAAUAAAAUCCAACAAUGGAGGCUUGAGCUCGCCUCGUUUAGCUACACCAUCAGGUAUCGGCCAGGGAAAGAGAACGUUGCCCCCGAUACAAUGAGUCGAGCAUCUUGCUGUGCAGUUUCAUUCUCGACGUCUAAAUCAACGUUGAACGACAUUCACGACGGCUUGUGCCAUCCUGGAGUGGCAAGACUCCUGCACUUUGUUAGAUCUAAAAAUCUACCCUUCUCAACUGAAGACGUGAAAAGGGUCUGCUCCACGUGUAAAGUGUGUGCGAUUUUGAAACCACGAUUUUACCGGCCGCCGGAUGAAACUCUUAUCCGCGCAACUCAGCCCAUGGAACGCUUGAGCAUGGAUUUUAAAGGCCCUCUGCCCUCCGCCACGCGCAACACGUACAUGCUUACUGUGGUCGACGAAUUCUCACGGUUCCCCUUUGCAUUCCCUUGCCCUGACAUGUCUGCAGGAACAGUUAUAAAAUGCCUGGAAUCGUUGUUCGCACUUUUUGGCAUGCCCGGCUACAUUCAUUCUGAUCGAGGAACAUCGUUCAUGUCGCAGGAACUGAAAGCAUAUCUAUCCCAAAAAGGAGUCGCGACGAGUAGAACAACCCCAUAUCACAGUACCGGGAAUGCGCAGUGUGAGCGGUACAAUGGCAUAAUUUGGAAGACGAUCGCUCUACGUCUAGAGACUCUGAAUCUACCUAUAAAACAUUGGGAAUUAGUGUUACUGGACGCACUACACUCCAUAAGGUCACUGCUAACAACGGCAACAAACUCGACUCCUCAUGAUCGUUUAUUCAAGUUCCAUAGACGAUCGACUCACGGACGCUCUCUUCCAUCGUGGCUGAUGACUCCUGGUCCGGUCCUACUCAGACGGUACGUUCGCUCCAAAACAGAACCGUUAGUUGACGAGGUGGAUUUGAUAGACAGCAAUCCCACCUUCGCCCACGUGAAAUAUCGAGACGGGAGGGAAUCGACCGUGUCGGUACAAGACCUAGCGCCCUGUCCUCAACUCUCCUCUCGUCGGCUUCCAGAUCCGAUGACAGACAACGCAGAUGUCCGUGAGCGACUAGAGCCGACUUCACCUCGUCAGGAUCAAGCUCUUGAUCCUCCUGGUUCAUACCAUCAACCUGCCUCACUGCAGGAUGUCGCAGAACCUCUACCCGUGUCCCAGCAGCCUAUGGAACAAGCGGAUAAGGAAACGGAAUUGGCUCAUUCUCCC